GUGGUGGAGGGACUUCUUGAACGACUUGUCUUGGAACUCUGGCGGCUGAGUGACAGGUGGAUGGAACGUUACGUGUUCUCCGGACAUUGUUGACGCGCGCGUGCGUCAGGGACACACCUGAGCGGCGCGCCGAGGAGUGCGUUCAGUCUGCAGCCGGGCGGCUGCGUCUCCGCGACCCGCCGCGCAGCUCCCGGCGACGUCCUCUUUUGGCUGGGAAAUUUACGGUAUCGUUUUCCAGUUGUCAAUCGGAAGUGAUGCAGUAAUUUAACAUUUUGUUAGCAAGAAAAAGUGAGACUCUUUGAAAAGGUUCUAAUGAAACAUGGACCAUCCAAACUAUGGAUAUGCUCGAGAUUUUUAUAGUCGAUAUGUCCGGAACCAGGACAGUUCAGUUGUGAACAAAAUGCAGCAAAGGUACUGGAAAACAAAGCAAACGCUUAUCAAGGUUACUGGGAAGAAAGAAGAUGAACAUGUCGUGGCUUCAGAUGCAGACCUUGAUGCUAAGUUGGAGGUAUUUCAAUCCAUUCAGAGAACAUGUAUGGAACUACUGAAGGUCAUUGAACAGUAUCAGAAACGGAUUUGCUUUUUGUCUCAGGAAGAAAAUGAAUUGGGCCGAUUUCUCAGAUCCCAGGGGUCACAGGAUAAAACCAGAGCAGGAAAGAUGAUGCAAGCAACUGGAAAGGCACUAUGUUUCUCCUCACAACAAAGGCUGGCACUCCGUAGUCCUUUAUGUCGACUGUACCAGGAAGUGGAAACGUUUCGGUACCGUGCCAUUUCUGACACCUGGCUGACUGUGAAUCGAAUGGAACAGUCUCGCACAGAAUACCGAGGAGCAUUAUUGUGGAUGAAAGACAUUUCUCAGGAAUUGGAUCCUGAUAUGUAUAAGCAUCUUGAAAAGUUUAGAAAGGUCCAAGGCCAAGUUCGUCAUACAAAGAUUCACUUUGACAAACUAAAGAAUGAUGUGUGCCAGAAAGUGGACUUACUUGGAGCAAGUCGUUGCAAUCUUCUUUCUCACAUUUUAGCAACUUAUCAGACGACAUUACUUCAUUUUUGGGAAAAGACUUCCCACACCAUGGCAGCUAUUCAUGAAAGUUUCAAAGGCUACCAGCCAUAUGAGUUUGCAAUGUUGAAGAUUUUGCAAGGACCUGUAAAUAAAUUGAUAGAACAGGUGUCUCAAGAAGACAAUAAUGCAAAGAAUAAUGUGACAAAGGAUGCAUUUGAUAAAGAUGAUGAAUGUGGUACUGUGUAUGGAGAGGAUUAUACUUUUACCUACCAAAUUUUUGGGAUCAACGUGUCAGUGAUAAGGCUUAUCUCACUAAAAGAAGACAAGGAAAAUAAGGAAUCUAACAGCUCAGAUACUCCUCUGUCCCCAGUAAUGGGAAAAGAUGCCUUUUCAACUUUGGAACCCACGUCUUCAAGCAAUCAGCAUAAAUCAGAAUCUAUAGAUGAUUUGUUAGAUUUGAAGAAGGAAGAAAAGGCAACUUUGUCUCUGAGUGCUCCAACAGAUCUACUGAUCAACUCCAUGGAAUCUCGAACAAGUGACAAGGAUGAAAUGGCAUUGCUGAAUGAAAUACUAAAUGGGACAUCACUGGAAGAUGGUGACUUCAGCAGGGAAUGGCAGGCAGUAUUUGGAGAAGAUCUGAGCUCACCUAGCCACCCAGCAGCUGGUGAAGUGGACCAACCUCUCUCUCCUUCAGGCUUCCUUCCUUCUCAACUGUUUGACAAAAGCUUGGGAGAUGCAUCAUUUUCAGUUACCGGCUGGACAGCAGCUGGUCUCGGUCUUCAACCUACAUCGCAAUCAAAAGAGCAACUAAAUGGAUUCAUCGAGAACAUGAGUAAGAAUCCAUUUAAAGCUGCUCAGAAAAAUUCAACUGACCUGUCUACAUGGUUUAACCUUUUUGCUGACUUGGACCCAUUAUCAAACCCAGAUGCUAUUGGACGAACUGAUAAGGAACAUGAACUCCUCAAUGCAUGACACACACUGGUAUAAGCUGUAACCAUGACUAUAAUAUUGUAAUCUUUGGUAAGUCUAUUGAAUGCUGAGUACUGGAGACUAAUUUUCUAAUAUUUGACUCAUUAUAAACUGCUGAGAAAAUGUUUAAUCAUUUUUAUCAGCACAAAAGAUGGAAAUCUAUUAAAAAGACAAUCUGUAAAUUUUGCUGGCUUGUUGCUAAAUGACAGAGUAAAAUAAUUUUGUUCAAUUAAGCAAAUGUUUUCUAGGUUACUUUCUACAACCAGUAGCAAUCUAUUUAAUUUCUAAACAGCAUAGAUAUGGCAACACUUUUUAUCCAGUCAAGCUCACUCAUUGCAGAGAGUCACCUUCUACACUGAACAUCUUUCCUUAUUCACUUAUUCUCAGUAAACAAAUCAGAUUUUACUUUGAUUUGGGUAGGGUAAAAAUACCCUAGUCACUCAAAUGUAUAUGUUCCUAUCUUUGUCGGGGAAUCAUCUCCCCACUACAUUGUACAUGGGUCUCAUUCUCAAAUACACCUUAAUUCAUGUUCUUAAAUCAUUGGCAAUAGAAAAAAUCAUUUUUGUUAUUUAUAUUUCCAUUGAUAUACUAAGUUAAUUUUGAGGUUGUUAUGAAAUCUGCACAAUAACACCACGCGCAAUACCAACUAAACUAUGAUAUAUUGUCAUUAGAUGGACCAGUAACCUUGACAGCAUUGCUGAAUCAUCAGUAAACGUCUGAAUCCUAGAUGAAGAAAGGACUAUUGCUUUUGGACUGGUAAGCAGGGCCGUACCAAUUUCAGCUCAAGAGUGCGCACUUCAUCCUUGGCAGGAAUUUCAAUCCAGAGCUUUCCAUUUCCCGAGAAAGUGUGAUUUAUUGAUCAAAUUUACGGAGGGAGGGAGGGACCAAAAUGUGGGGUUUUGGACCACCUUGUGCCCAUUUUUCUGGCAAUAAAUGGGCAAGGAAGACCAAUUUUCAGUAUGUAGAGUCCUACACAGAAUCGUCUGCACUGCAUAUAUUUGGAGUGGUUAAUUCAUUUACAAUCUAAAUAAAGUGCCUAAUUGAUGCUCUAGGUCUUUCUGCUGAAACUGGCUACCAAUCAGCAAGGCAUGUGCCAGACCUGCUUACCAGCCUCUGUCAUUACCAAUGGUAUAGAUUUACUUUUAACUUUUCAGUGCUUGUUGCUGUUCACAACUGUUACUGCUCCACCCAUCUUGGCUCUCUCCUUUGAGCUGUUGAUGCUACUGGCUACAUAUUUUCUUCAAUUAGGAGGAUUUACAUGAAACGGGUAGCUCACCUCAAAUUAUUAAAAUGAGGCCAGGGAUCCAAUUUUGGAUCACUUGGGGCUACAUAGUCAUGGUGCUGCUAGGUACAAAAAAAAGGGGUAAAGUCAUUUUAAGAUAUUACAGUUUAAUGACUCCAAUCUGUAAAUAUCAAAACUUGUUUGGUAAAAUCCAAAUCAUUUUCCCACAUCAUAAAUUAAUCCACAUGUAAUACCAAUAUCUUUUUAAGAGCAAGGGCCAUGUAUGAUAUUUCAUAAGUAGUUUCACCAAUUUGUACAAGUUUAAAAAUAACAUAUUUAGUUACAGUCAGAUCCUCUUAACGAAUCCUAGUCAAUGAUUUAAGCAAAUGACCAAUUGACUCCACUGUAGAAUUUGAAAUUUUGCUUGUAUAAUAUUUUCUUAACUGAUAACUAUCUAUUCUAGUUCUUAGUGUGAAAAUUAGUAAUAUGAUCUGCCAUUGGUAUCACAGAGGACAUCUAGACCCAAUUAGUUUGUCAUCCCAAAGUUUGUACUGUGUUUCUGGGGAGGAUAGGAGGCUGCCAUUCAGUUCUUUGUACUUAACAUUUCUCAUAGUCAUGCUCCCUCCUCAGGUCUGCUGUUUUUAAAGAGUAUAUCCAGUCACUUCUUUGCAUUAUACAAUUGAAUAUACUUCCACGAUGCUUCAAUGUAGUGUUUUCCUGAUCACAGCAACGUGCUUUAUAAGUGCUCAUCAUUCCUUUAGUUAUUUUCCCAAAUUAUCUUGUUUGUGGCCUUUGUUUUAUGAGCCAACUCCUAAUUUAUUUUAUAAAGCAAAAUCCACUUCAAUUAAAAUCUUUGAUUUUGAAUAUUUCUAAUAAACUUCAGUCCUGGAGGUCCAUCCUUCCUGAUUAACAUUCUAGUAUAUCUCCUCUGCAUCCUCCUAACACCCUUUGGUAUUCAGAAAUGUACAUAUUAUUCUAGCUGAGGCAUCAUCACAACUUGUAAAAGUUUAGCAUAACUUUUGUUUGUACACUAAUCCUUGAGAAAGAGAAGGAUCCCUAAUGCAGUUGUAACAGCUUUCUCAACUUCUGUUCCUGUACUCCCUUUAAAAUUUUAUCAUUUAAUUUUAUAUUGCCUCUCCUCAAUCUUCCUGCAUCACUUCACAUUCUUUUGAGUGAACAGGUCUCUCAUUGAGUGAACUAUACGAGUUCAGGACUCUCAACAAAAUACGUGAAAGAUCACAGAUAAACCUCUGCACAAUAUACACAGGUGGUUUACACGUCCCAAGAAUGAAAUGUUGGGCUGCCUGCCUCACCAACACCCAGUUGAGGUAAGUACCAGGAAAGGAAAACAGCAAGAAAUUGAAGCAAAUGUAGCCAGCAAAAGCUGUCAGGUGCACUACAGAGCUGAAUCUAGAAUUCAGAAGAAAGCCAGAAUCAAUUUUAACUGUCAGGCUUUCAAAUGCUUGAUUUUGGAAGUGUAGGAUUAUGAACAUCUUCAAUAAUUACAUUUAAUUGUUGUGACACAGUGGUCCUUUCAUUGUUUUUGUCCUUGGACGCUGAGUCCUGGCUGUAGCAAAUUUCAAGCACAAAGGCAGCACAGCUCCAGGGACCUGGGUUUGAUCCUGACCUUGGGGGCUGUCAGUGUUGCGUUAGCACCUUUUCCCUGUGAAUGCGUGGGUGGCCUCCCACAUCCCAAAGAUGUACUGGGAGGUUAAUUGAUUACUGAACUGGGGAGGGAGUUGACAGGGCAUACUGUAGAGAAUAGAUUACGGGAAUAUUAGUGGAGGAUGGGAAUGCUCUGAAAACAGCAAACUCAGUGGGAUGAAUGGCAGCCUCCUGCCUUAUAAAAGAAAUAAAAAUAUCAACACAACUGAGCUAGAUAGACAUUCACCACAGUAAUCUCUGGCUAAUGAUUAGAAUAGAUACACUGACCUUCUCCUUGCCUACCUUGAGGCACAAGCUAAUUCUGGUACUGUUACUGCCAACCUAACUGUGAUUGGCUGACGGCACAGACCAGGAAUCAAAUGUUGGGGUCUUGCUAGUCUGAACUCGUCACUGCACAAAGCAGUACAUUUGCAGAAUACUGGAUCAUGGCAGUGUCAAGUACUACUAACUUACUCUCCUUUGACAACAAGGUCAUAUUUUAGACAAGUGUUGAUAGAUUUCACAUUAUAUAUUUUUUUGAUUUAAUGCCAAAGUAGCAAAGAACUUGAUUCCUAUGCUUUUACUCUUUUGCUAUGAUAUCUGACAUACUAUUGUUUGAUUGCAAGGAUCAAACAUUAUAAACCAAGUGAAAUUUUCUUUAAAAUUAAAAUGAUAUACAUUACAAUUGUAUUUAUUUGUUUUAUUCUAUGUUUGAACAAAAGUUGGUUGGUUUAGAUAGAAUGGAUGUUUUUAAUCUUUCCACUUGCUAUAUGGUGCAUUAUUUAUUUUCUGAAUAUACUUUCAAGGUAGUGUGGAAUAGCAAAGCACCUGCACCCAUUUCUAAAAAAAAAUUGCUUUAGUAAGAUUAUCCUAGCUAAUAAGGUAUUAUGCAAUGUCACUACCAAUCUGUAUUUUUAUAUUUAAAAAAAUUUAAACUAAAACUGAAUGCUCAAUUUCACAUUCUCGGGGUCUUUGCAUGAA